GAAGGAUGUAAUAUUAUUAAAAAAUACAUACAUACAUACACCAAAGCUAGGCAAAUAUACGCUCAGUACUACCAUUCACUGUUGUGUAGAUGGGAGUUUAAGAACACACUGUGAACACAGAAAGUAUUGUACAGUAGUACACUGUAGACGUAUACAUAAGGAUACAAGAUGAACACACUUGGCGCCAAAGCCGCCCGCGGCGGGUUCGCCCACUUCGCUCCUGCAAUGGGUGCACUAAAUUCUCUACGCAUAGGUGCGCGUGCAGGAAACAACGUACAAGUAAGCAACAGUAUACGACACCAUUCUGCCGAAGAAGCAAACGAAUUUGGGGAAUUCGCACCCCCAUCGAGACCUUCUGCGCACACAGAUAGACGCCCAUUGUAUCUGGACAUGCAGGCUACCACACCAAUGGAUCCUCGAGUGCUCGAUGCUAUGCUGCCGUAUCAAGUGUCGCUGUAUGGUAACGCACACAGCCGAACACAUCAGUAUGGUUGGGAGGCGGUAGACGCUGUUGAAGAGGCCCGUGAGCAAGUUGCCCAUUUGAUUGGUGCAGAAGAUAAAGAGAUUGUGUUUACUUCGGGUGCGACGGAAAGCAACAACAUUGCCGUGAAGGGUGUUGCUGAGUUUUACAAAGGAAAAAAGAAGCAUGUCAUCACCACACAGACAGAACACAAGUGUGUGCUGGAUUCUUGCAGAUAUUUGGAGGAUCAAGGGUUCGAAGUGACGUACUUGCCCGUGAAAGAGAAUGGACUUAUCGAUUUGGACCAGUUAAAGGCGGCUAUCCGCAAAGAUACAUCGUUGGUGUCGAUCAUGGCGGUUAAUAACGAGAUUGGUGUGGUGCAACCUUUGAAAGAAAUCGGACAAAUUUGCAAAGAGAACAAGAUUAUGUUCCACACAGAUGCAGCUCAGGCCGUGGGCAAGAUUCCCUUGGAUGUGCGGGACAUGAACAUUAAUCUUAUGUCUAUCAGUGGGCACAAGUUAUAUGGACCAAAGGGCGUGGGUGCGUUGUACGUGCAGAGACGUCCGCGUGUGCGCCUUAUCGCUCAGAUGAGUGGCGGAGGCCAAGAGAGAGGAAUUCGGUCAGGCACUCUCCCAACUCCCCUCUGUGUCGGUUUGGGCGCCGCCUGUUCUCUCGCUGAGAAGGAGAUGGCGUUUGACCACGAGCACGUGAGCAAACUGAGUAAGCGAUUGAUUGAUGGUAUCAAUUCGAAACUGAGCAAUGUGAUCCGUAACGGGGACCCGUAUGCCACCUAUCCCGGCUGUGUGAACUUGUCCUUUGCUUACGUCGAAGGUGAAAGUCUUCUGAUGGCCCUGAAGGACAUUGCGCUUUCGUCGGGAAGUGCGUGUACGUCAGCUUCCCUUGAGCCAUCUUAUGUUCUCAGAGCCAUUGGUACUGAUGAGGACCUUGCGCAUUCUUCUAUUCGAUUUGGUAUCGGACGGUUCACCACCGAAGAAGAAAUUGACUAUGUCGUGGCGAAGUGCUUGGAGCACGUGGAACGUCUGCGCGAAUUAUCUCCCCUGUGGGAGAUGGUACAAGAAGGAAUCGACCUGAAAAGUAUUCAGUGGUCUCAGCAUUAGUUUUGCCCUCAAGUCUUUAGUAGGAAUUAUGCGUGUUUGUGCACAUGGUAUCGGUCUUGCACCAUCUUGCCAAGUAUGGGGUUCCCCCACAGGAAACCGGAGUUUGAUAAUAAGAAAGUUGCACUCUUGCUGGCCUGAACAUUCUAUCCUUAGUUUCAUGACGAGUACAUUGUCUGUGGAGAAGAAACAACCUUUUUACAUCACGUCGCGUAGGCCACACGAUUGAUCGCUUCCUGACCGUACGAUAUAGGCAGACGACUUGCAAGUUGUAUUGACAAUUUGAUUGACGAUUGGUUGACCAAUUGAUUUAUGAAUGAGGCGUUUUAUUGGAUGUCAAGGCGCAAGUUUAAUAAAGAGUAUCUAGUGGGGCCGCAUAUUUGGGAUUUGGGUUCUUUCUUCUAGUUUUGAAAUGAUAGAAGUCUUCACUAUUCAACAGUUCAAGUUUAGGUUUCGCGAUACAAUAAGCUUUACGAUUUUAUUACUGAUGUAAGCGUCUCCAAAGCCGUAUUUUGUACGACCAAUAGAAAAGAAAACUGUCAUUAAUUUCGACUCUACAAGGGUAGUCCACCCUUCUGAGAGGCCUAUCAAGUUGGAGGGUAUGGUUUACAUAAUCCGAUAUAUUCAUCGGUAUUUGCUGUGCCCACACAGCCAUCUUCAGGCAGUCUAAUAAUGCACUAUGUGCAGCCUUUUCUACUAAUGUGAGUUGUACUUCUUUGUGCAAGCUGCCCGUUCGUUUCCAGAUCAUCGUAUUGACGACCUCGUCGCUCAUUCCCAAUAUACAUUGCCUAUCAAUAGCCAAGAUGGCGAGUCCUUCCCUCACACCAAGCCUAUGCGCAACACCUCCUACAUUAACCUUCCCUACAUGCUGCCCUGUAGUUGUCAUUCCACGUAGUCUUCCGUUUUUCAACGGCACCCAGGCAUGUAGUAGAUCUGGUUGCUGCUCAAACAUAAUGGUCAAAUGUUCGCUGUUAUCAAGUAGUGAUUGCACAUCUGAAAUUGAAUCCGGCACCAGCUGAUUUAUCGACAAAAUGCGAUCCGCAAAGCUUAGACCUGCCCUAUAAGCUCCUGAUCUGUAACCGAAAUCAUCGUACUUUUGUACACAUGUCACAUAGUACUGGCCGCCAAUCUGGGACACUUGGGCGCCGAAACUGCACUCCCUUCUUCCUUUACAUAUGCUGGCAAUCCUUGAUUUAUUCCUAAAUGGAGUGGUGUUGUUGCCUAAGCGCUGUGUGCUGUCCAAAGAGCAUCGGCUAUUUGACUCAGGAUCAGACAGGGAAAAUUGUGAUUUAGAAUAACAACUCAAAAGUCGCGGUCGCACUGAGGUUUCGCCCAUUAUGACUGUGCUACCGUAUACAGACAUGUCGAAUGCACACGUGCUGUC